UUCAAUUUGUUAUGUAUUGACUUGGAAGUGUUGUUUCUCGUUUGCAUAUUGCAUUGUUUGGUAUGCUCUACUUUUUGUUGCCCCUCUCCGUGCGGUGUGGUGUGAUGGGUCAGCGGAUGAAUAUCAUUGUGAUGAGGCUUGUUCAGGAAAUAAAAACACGCUAACAAAAGUAACGUGAAUCUGUGCUCUUUACAAAGGUUAUGUAAGAGAAUAAACAUAACAAAAUUGGCGACGAGACUUAAAAAGGACCCUACAAAUGCGGAGGUGGACCGGACACAAGUGAAUAGUGCUUCAUGGACUUGGUUGUGUGGACGUAAGUUUCGUCUGCUCGCCCCGAAUUCUGCUCUGAUCAAGCAAGCCGGAGGUGAGGACGGGUGUCGCUCAGGACCAAGGUAAAAGUGAACGGACGCCAAGAAAAGUGAAAAAAAAAUAAUAAAAUGUCCGGAAUCUUGGGAAAUAUGGACAUAUUUGACAGUUCGGUAGAAGACUGGACAACUUAUGUGGAAAGAGUUGAGCAGUACUGCCUAGCUAAUGAGAUACAGGACGAAAGAAAAGUAGCUGUCCUACUCAGUGUCAUGGGCGCCAAAAUGUAUAACUUACUCCGCAGCCUGGUCGCCCCAGCUAAACCGGCAGACAAAACAUUUGAUGAAAUAAUGCAGAUAAUGAAAAGUCAUCUAAACCCAGCUCCAUUGGUGAUUGCUGAGCGCUUUAGAUUUCACAAGAGAAACCAGUCAAGGACGGAGACGGUGUCAGAGUACAUCGCAGAACUGAGGAAACUGGCCGAACACUGUCAGUUCAGAGACGGACUUUCAGAUGCUCUGAGGGACAGGUUCGUGUGCGGGCUGCACAACGAGAGCAUUCAGAAACGGCUUUUGACGGAGGACAAACUCACCUUGCAACGAGCAGUGGAAAUAGCUGUUUCAGCGGAGACAGCAGCAAGGGAUGCGACGGAGCUUCAAGGUAAAAACGCAGCCACAAGCUCUGUGUUUAAACUGCACACCAAACGGCAUAAUACCAAAGCAAAGCCCUGUUUCAGAUGCGGUAAACAGUCACAUGACCCCGCAGAGUGUUGGUUUAAGGAUAAAGACUGCCGACAAUGUGAUAGAAGAGGGCACAUACAGAAGAUGUGUAAAUCAAAGUACAGUAAUGCAAAAGAUAAACACAAUAUAAGAAAAGGACAAAAAUUGCACAAAGUAGCACAGACAGAUUCUGACAGUUCAAGUGAGGAAGAAUUGGCUUGUUUAGGGCUGUGUGCUACAGAAGAGAAUGACGGUGAUGUGAUUUGGCUGACACCAAAAAUUAAUGGAGUGCCAUUAAAAAUGGAACUGGACACAGGGUCAGCACUGUCGAUCAUAUCAUUCAACGACUACAAGAAAAUGUUCCCAGACACUAAACUGUCACGCACCAGUGUAAAACUGAAGACAUACACAGGAGAAAAGGUUGCACCACUGGGAAAACUCAAAGUGAAAGUGAAAUACAGAAACCAAAAGUGCAAUCUUGAGCUGUUCGUCCUUAAAGAGGGAGGUGUACCACUAUUUGGUCGUAGAUGGCUACGACAAAUCAAGCUUAACUGGCAUGAAAUAAAGUCCAUGCACAUAGCCUCCAAACAGCUCACAGACAUGAAGUUAACUGAGAUACUGGAUAAACAUGCACAUGUGUUCAGCGAAGGCAUAGGAACAAUGAAACACAUCAAAGCACGUCUCGAGCUGGAAGAAGGUGCAAAAGCAAAGUUUCAUAAAGCACGCCCUGUUCCAUAUGCGCUACGCCCAAAAGUUGAAGCUGAGCUGCAAAAUCUCAUGGAUCAAGGAAUAGUAUCCAAAGUGGACUGGUCUGAGUGGGCUACACCAAUCGUACCUGUUGCCAAGAAAUCUUCAGACAAAGUGCGCAUUUGUGGUGAUUUCAAAGUAACUGUUAACCCUGUCAUGCAUGCAGACCAGUAUCCACUCCCUCGCAUCGAUGACAUUUUUGCAUCUCUAGCAAAUGGUGAGCACUUCACAAAGAUUGACCUCGCACAAGCAUAUCUACAGAUGGAAAUGGAUGAAAGUUCACGCAAGUACCUCACCAUAAAUACUCACAAAGGACUAUACCAAUACAACCGGCUUGUAUUUGGUAUUACAAGUGCCCCUGCGAUAUGGCAACGUGCAAUGGACCAAGUGCUACAAGGAAUCCCAGGUACUCAAUGUUACUUGGAUGAUAUUAUUGUUACUGGUUGGGACAAAGAGUCACACUUGCAAAACUUGAAUGCAGUUCUAACGAAACUGGAAGAAUAUGGUCUAAAAGCAAACAAAAAGAAAUGUGAGUUUUUCAAGGAGUCCAUUGAGUAUUGUGGACACAAAAUAGACAAGCACGGACUUCACAAAACGCAAGACAAAAUUGAAGCUGUAGUAAAUUCUCCACAACCAGAAAAUGUCACCCAGUUACGCUCAUUUCUUGGCCUUGUUAACUAUUAUCACAAGUUUUUGCCAAACCUUUCCUCUGUGCUGCACCCACUGAAUGCACUACUGCACCAAAAGGCAAAGUGGGACUGGACUAAAGACUGUGAACAGGCAUUUACAAAGGCAAAGGAACUCAUUAUUUCAGACAAGGUGCUCACACACUUUGAUCCAAAGCUUCCCCUAUGUCUAGCCUGUGACGCUUCACCUUAUGGCAUUGGUGCAGUUCUAUCUCACAAAAUGACUGAUGGCUCUGAACGCCCCAUUGCCUUUGCAUCACGCUCUUUAUCACCAGCAGAGCGUAAUUAUGCACAGAUUGACAGAGAAGCUUUAAGCUUAGUGUGGGGUGUUAAGAAGUUUAACCAAUACCUGUAUGGAAAACACUUCAUGCUGAUUACAGAUCACCAGCCUCUUGUUUCCAUUUUCAGUCCAAAGAAAGGUGUUCCUGCUAUGGCCGCCGCUCGUUUACAACGUUGGGCUCUCUUUCUUGGAGCACACACCUAUACCAUAGACUAUAAAGGGACGAAACUACACGGAAAUGCAGAUGGUCUCUCUCGCCUUCCUCAACCACUGACAGAGAAGGCUACUGAUCCUGCUUUAAAUCUUCACAUGCUGCAAAUGGAACCACUUCCGGUGACUUGCGCUCAAAUAAGCAAAGAAACAAGAAACGACCCUCUGCUAUCUCGAGUGUAUGACUUAACUGUUAAUGGCUGGCCAAUGCAUGCAGAUACUGAACUUAAGGACUAUUUCACCAGAAAAGACCAACUUACUGUGUCCCAAGGAUGUGUCCUGUGGGGGUCACGCGUUGUUGUACCUCCCAAACUGCGAUCCAAAGUUCUAAACUCGCUGCAUGAUGGGCACAUGGGGGUAGUUAAGAUGAAGAGUCUUGCUAGAAGUUAUGUGUGGUGGCCUGGCCUUGACAACCAAAUUGAAACUCUGGUCAAAACAUGCAGAGGAUGUCACCAGACUCAGCGCUCACCUCAGAUUGCCCCUGUCCACACUUGGGAAUGGCCUGUUGCCCCAUGGCAACGCAUUCACAUUGACUAUGCUGGACCUUUCAUGGAUCACAUGUUCCUUAUUGUGGUCGACGCUCAUUCAAAAUGGCCCGAGGUUUUCACUGUAAAAAAAGCAACUACAACUGUAACAGUGAACCAGUUACAGAUGCUUUUUGCACGUACAGGAUACCCUCUUCAGCUUGUAAGUGACAAUGGUACCCAGUUUACUAGUGAGGAGUUUCAGAUCUUCCUGAAAAGCAACGGAAUAAAACACCUUACUUCUGCUCCUCACCACCCUGCGACGAAUGGACUUGCUGAACGUUUUGUACAAACUUUCAAACAGUCGAUGAAAGCCAGUAGGAGGGAGGAAGUUCCACUACAGCAGAAAAUCGCCAACUUUCUGCUAGCCUACAGAAACACUCCACAUACUACUACUGGACAGUCACCUGCAAUGUUGUUCAUGGGAAGAAACCUAAGAUCUCGUUUAGAUCUCCUGAAACCUGACAUCCGAGAACAUGUUUCAAACAGACAAUGUUCACCAACUCAGUUACAAAGGAAACUAAGAUCAUUUGACAUCGGACAAAAAGUAUUGGCAAGAGACUAUCGUAACCAAGGCGACAAGUGGCAACAUGCGGAAAUUUUGACACAAACUGGACCACUCUCAUAUACAGUGAGUGUUGAGCCUAAUGUCGUCUGGCGCAGACAUGUUGAUCAACUUUUGGACGCAUCACCUGGAAAUGCCGCUACUCAAACUACCACACCUACUGUCCCACAAAACCCUAAGGACAGUACUCCAGCCUCUGACAUCACACCUGAGGAAAACAUGUCCACACCGGAGAUAAUGGACAUACACAAACCAAUGACAAACCUACCUGAUCCUCCUGGACGCAGAUAUCCUGAGAGGGUUCGCAAACCACCAGACAGACUUGAUUUAUAAAUGUUGAAAGGAAACAAAUGUUCUUUAAAAGAAAAAAAAAAAAAAGUUGUUAAUAUUUGAUGUUGAAAAUUGUUGUGAAUUUUGAAAUGCCUCUAAAAAGAAAAGUAUACACUUAAUAGCACAUAGAAACAUAGUACUUAUAUUUUUUUUAUUUGAUGAUUAUUGGUGCAUCAAAGCUGGAAGAGAGGAAUUGUUAUGUAUUGACUUGGAAGUGUUGUUUCUCGUUUGCAUAUUGCAUUGUUUGGUAUGCUCUACUUUUUGUUGCCCCUCUCCGUGCGGUGUGGUGUGAUGGGUCAGCGGAUGAAUAUCAUUGUGAUGAGGCUUGUUCAGGAAAUAAAAACACGCUAACAAAAGUAA